AUGGCUGAUCAAUUUGGCCUUUUGUUGGCCGCCUCCGUUGAAGAGCCAGCGUACACCGGACAAGAACAACGGUCUUCGGAGAAGAAGAUCCGAAAUGCCCUUGCUGUAAACCGCCGGGAACCAAACCCGCGUACUCUCCAGCCACGCUGCGCGUCACUGAUGACCCCCUUCUUUCAUUUCGCCAACAGGCGUGAAAAUCUCAUUCCGCCCAUUUUCUCACCAAAUGUAAUAUUGUAUUUGUCAAGUUUAGAGCUCGACGUAACCCAGUUGAGUCCGGGCACGCCUCAUUUUCUCAUGAGCUCCUCGGCAUACCGCGAUCGUGAGUUCACCUCGCAGCAGGACCAGCCAACCCAUCUUCGGCAUCCCGCGUCG